GGUGAGACCUAUCCAAUGAGAACAGGCGAUGGGCGAGCUUUGCGCCGCGGCGCUGAGCUACGGGUGCCGGAUGGAGUAAAGGACGGAAUGUGUCUCUUGCUGGGAGCCACGGGGGUCGGAAAGACGCUGCUGGUGAAACGGCUGCAGGAAGUGAGCUCCGGGGAUGGGAAGGGCGACCUGGGGGAGCCGCCCCCGACACGGCCCACGGUGGGCACCAAUCUUACUGACAUCUUGGCACAGAGAAAGAUCACCAUCCGGGAGCUGGGGGGGUGCAUGGGCCCCAUCUGGUCCAGUUACUAUGGAAACUGCCGUUCUCUUCUGUUCAUGAUGGAUGCCUCUAACCCCACCCAACUCUCUGCAUCCUGUGUGCAGCUCUUAGGUCUCCUUUCUGCAGAACAACUUGCAGAAGCAUCAGUGCUGAUACUCUUCAAUAAAAUCGACCUACCCUGUUACAUGUCCACGGAGGAGAUGAAAUCGUUAAUCAGGCUUCCAGAUAUCAUUGCUUGUGCCAAGCAGGACAUCACCAUGGCAGAAAUCAGUGCCCGGAAAGGCACUGGCUUGGCAGGGGUGCUAGGCUGGCUCCAGGCCACCCACAGAGGCAAUGAUUGACUGCGUGGCUGGCCCUCGCUGGGGAGAGGAGGCAGAGGGCAGUGUGGCUUUGCUGCCAAUACUUUCUUCUCACAGGGAAGAAUAACCCAGCAUAGCCCUACAUGAUGGGUAAACUGAGGCAUACAGAGAUGGAAGUUGUUGACAUCUGGCCCCUGAAAAAACUGUCCCCAGACUGGGUGAGCAGGGCCUGUAGGUGGCUAAGUGACCUGCAUCCUGAAGUGUUGCUAUUGGGGUCGGCUCGUCUUCUGCCAGGAGAUCCACUGAACUGUCCCCAAGGAGUGUGGACUGCACAGUGCCACUGAGACCUGGCUUCUUGCUGUAGCAUCAGCUCCAACCUGCCUUAGCUGCUGGUGCCCUGACCCCGCAUCCCCCACAGACAGCAUGAGGCAGGUGAAGUGAAUGUGGUAGUAAGAACCAGGCCUGGAGUUAGAAACAAAAGGCAGCUGUGCGCAAUGGCCCAUGCCUGUAAUCUUGGCACUUUGAGAGGCCGAGAUGGGCAGAUCAUGAGGUCAGGAGUGCAAGACCAGCCUGGCCAACAUGGUGAAACCUUGUCUCUACUACAAAAAUUAGCUAGGCGUGUUGGUGUAUGCCUGUAAUCCCAGCUACUUGGGAGGCUGAGGCAGGAGAAUUGCUCGAAAUGGGGAGGCAGAGAUUGCAGUGAGCCAGGAUCCUGCCAUUGUACUCCAGCCUGGGCAACAAGAGCAAGAUCCAGUCUCAAAAAGAAACAAGAGCCAGCAUUCUCCCUAGUUCACUUGUUCAGUAAACAGGUAUUGCCCUGAGAUGGCCACAGGUGAGUCAGGAGGGGCUCAGAUGAAGCACAGGAAAUGGCUGUGGGCCCCACAGUUCCCCAGUGUCCUGCCUUGACUUUGGUUCUCAGCUGUGGCAGCUUGUGGGAGUGUUGAUUGAUGCAUCAGUGUCCUGUGGCUGCUGAAACAACAGAAACUCUCAGUUCUGGAGGCCAGAGCCCAAGGUUGUGUCACCAGGGUGGUUUCCUUCUAGGGGCUCUGAGGGAGCGUCCAUGCCUUGCCUGCGUAGUGGCUGUGGUGAUCUCGACGCUCCUGGGCUAUGGCCUGUGGAGCCUCAGUUUCCACACCCACUUUCACAGGGUUUCUCACCUGUGCCUCUGCAUUCUCUCCUCUUAUAAGGACACCUGUCACUGGAAAUCCAGGAUGAUUCCUAGUUACAUCUGCAAAUGCCCUUUUUUUUCCAAACUGGGUUGCCUCUGCUUGCUCCAGAGGUUAUAACUUGGACACGCCUUUUGGGGACCCUCAUUUGACUACAGUGAUGGAAUCAGAAACCCAAAGUCCUGAGAGUAGAUGUGAAUUUUCUAAACAUGGUUUCAGAGCCGGCAGCCUAGGCUCCUUUGGCCAUGGCACCCACCACGCUCUGCGGCACAAAGCUGCUGCAGUCUGCUUGUGGGCAAAGGGGUCUUUGUUCAAUGGAGGGCUGUGCACGAAGGCUGGGAGGGAAAAGCUCAGCCCUGUAUGUGCCUCAGGGUGGCUCGAGCUCCAGUUUCUGCUUUCUAGUUUGUCAUGAGCUCUCAACUGUACACAGCCUGUGCCCUGCUGGAUGCCACCUUCUUAGACACCUUGUGAAUCCCCAUGCACUGCUCCCCCUGUCUGAGGUCUCUGUCCAGUAUCAUGGGGCGGAAAGGUAUGGUACCUUUUCACUUACAAGGGUAACAGCCAACACUCCUAAUAAAAUGCAGGUGAUCGAGAGAAAGGUGUUAACAAAUUUACCUAUUUAUUUGAAGCAAGGUCUCACUCUGUCUCAGGCUGGAGCACAGUGGUGGGAUCACAGCUCACUGCAGCCUCAACCUCCCAGGGUCAGUCCGUCCUCCCACGUCAGCCUCCAAGUAGCUGGGAUUACAGGCAUGCACCACCAUACCUGGCUAAUACUUCAUAUUUUUGGUAGAGAUGGCCAGGGUGGAGGUGGGGGGUUCUCGCUGUGUUGCCCAGGCUGGUCUUGAAUUCCUGGCCUCAAGUGAUUCUUCUACCUCAACCUCCCAAAAUGCUGAGAUUACAAACAUGAGCCCCCAUGCCUGGACUAAAAGCGUAACAAAUAUAUUAGUUUUACAUGACAGCUGGGUAUGGUAGCUCUUGCAUAUAAUCCUAACACGUUGGGAGGCCAGGGCGGGCAGAUCACUUGAGGCCAGGAGUUUGAGACACCAGCCUGAGCAACAUGGUGAAACUGCUUCUCUACUAAAAAUACAAAAAUUAACCCGGCAGGGUGUUACAUGCCUGUAAUCCCAGCUACUUGGGAGGCUGAGGCAGGAGAAUCACUUUAAUCCAGAAGGUGGAGGUUGCAGUGAGCUGAGAUCACACCACUGCACUCCAGCCUGGGUGACAGAUUGAGACUCCUCUAAAAAAUAGUAAGUCAAUAAAAUUUUCUCUGACACAGGAGCCUUCAGAAAUGAAAACCCAAAGACUCAAGGAAAACCUUGUUUUUAUGAUCUGCCUUGGGGAAAAAGAAGUCUGGUUUUUGUGACUCACUUUGGGGGAUGAAAAGGGGCAGGAACCAGGAAGGAAGGACAAAGAUCUGACUUCUGAGGCCUUCCAGUCUCCUCUAGAUCAAAGUACACUGCAUGCCAAGGUGCCAUACUUUGGGGUUUAAUGAGCCCCGAUGGCAGGUCCUUGCAGAUUUCACAAGCAACUUGUGAUCCAGGUAAUUGGCUUUCAGUCCCCCAGUUUAGCGAAACCUGGCUGAUCAUAGCAGCAUGUUCAGAAUGGUACUUAGUCCAGCCUCUACAGCCUUUUUGUGGCCCACACUGGUUUCUUGAGAACACAAUGAAGUUGUACUCCAGCACCUGAUGUGUUCAGGACUAGGUGCGGGAACCUUUGCCCCUGAAAACAUCCCCCUGCUGUCUAGACCAGCCUGCCCCAUGGCCAAGAGCAGUGACAACCCAGGCCACCCCUCAGGUUACACCCCUGCCAGUGCUACAAUUUUGUCCUUCGUGGGCAGAAAAGCUCAACAUUUGGCUCAGGGCAUAACUGGAAAAAUACCCAUCAUGGGUUGGGCACAGUGGCCCACACCUGUAAUUCCAGCACUUUGGGAAGCUGAGGCGGGUGAAUCACAAGGUCAGGAGUUCAAGACCAGCCUGGCAAAGAUGGUGAAACCCCUCUCUACUAAAAAUACAAAAAUAGGCUGGGCACGGUGGCUCACGCCUAUAAUCCCAGCACUUUGGGAGGCCGAGGCAGGUGGAUCACGAGGUCAAGAGAUCGAGACCAUCCUGGUCAACAAGGUGAAACCCUGUCUCUACUAAAAAUACAAAAAUUAGCUGGGCAUGAUGGUGCACACCUGUAGUCCCAGCUACUUGGGAGGCUGAGGCAGUAGAAUUGCUUGAACCCUGAAGGCGGAGGUUGCAGUGAGCCAAGAUCGUGCCAUUGCACUCCAGUCUGGGUAACAACAGCAGAACUCCGUCUCAAAAAAAAAAAAAAAAAUUUAGCCAGGCAUGGUGGUGGGUGCCUGUAAUCCCAGCUAUUUGGGAGGCUGAGGCACAGAACUGCUUGAAUCCCAGAGAUGGAGGUUGCAUUGAGCCAAGAUUGUUCCACUGCACCCCAGCCUGGACGACAGACCAAGACGUCUCAACAGAAAAAAAAAAAUACCCACCAUGUUUUUUGCUGUGGGGCAUGAAAGUACACUUCUCAGGUUGCUUUGAGCAACAUUCCUCUAGUUGGGAAGGAGUGGUUUUCCCCAAGUCCUGGGCUGGACAUGCUGAUCCUGAAUGAGUCCUAAGACAUACAGGUUUCCCAAGACCCGGAGAAGCAGGGAGCCUGUGUUCCGAGCCAGUGCUAGUGGCAGCUGGGUUCUUGGUAGGUGGAGCCAAUGUAGUCUGGAGCCUGCAGCCACACUCCCACACCUCUUCAGGCAGUUUUAAAGGGUGGGUUCCAGCCAGGAGUCAUACACAGGUGUGGCAUGGCACCACAGGGAGGACAGCCUCUGGGUGGGUGGCUAAGGACCCUCCUUGCCUGCUCUCACAGGCUGUCUGCCAAAGACCACUUUCAAUGACCCACGUUCCCAAAACCAUGUCCCAACUUUACUGGCACACAGUGUCAACUAGGGUGUCCUGCGGGGUGGACAAGGGUUGUAGGGACUGGCCUUGUCACCUAGACCCCCGCCUCUGUCCUUAGGGUCCUUGUGCUCAGUGGCUGUUCUGGGCCAGGCACCCUCCAUCCCCUGAGGUGCCCAUGCCAGAGCCCUGGCCGCCAAGAGCCCGAUUCUCUCCCAAGUCUGUGGAAAUUGAAGCUGGUAAGGACACCACUGUUACCAGAGUUAUCUCUGCUUUUGGAUUCUUCUCAGCGCAAAUGUACCACCUAGAUAUGAAUUCUUUGUUUUGUUUUAGAAGCAGGGUCUUGGUCUGUUACAGCCCAGGCUGGAGUGCAGUGGCACAAUCACGGCUCACUUCAGCCAUGACCCCUCAGGUUUGAGUGAUCCUCCCACUUCAGCCUCCGAGUGGCUAGGGCCACAGGCACAGCGACACCAUGGCUGGCCUGAAUUUUCUUUAAUGGUUUGGAGUUCCCGUAAAACUAAACACUAAUCAAAAAAUAACAUUAUACAAUCUGUGAAAUUGUUAACAGUAAUAAAUUUUUUUCCUCAAGCAACAA